CACGCCACGUCAUCGUCCCUUGUCACCGAGUGGAUAAGGACCACCUCAGACGUUGUCGGAGACGUUUCAUUCCCCCUCUCCCCGACGCUUAGUGGCAAUCUCGUAGAUAAAUUCGUAAUCUGUGGGCGUUCCAUCGAACCGUCUGCUUAUAAUCAAAAGUCCACCGCGAAAAAACCCAAAAACUCAACUCUCUCAUAAUUAUUCUCUCAGAAGAAGAAACCAAAACCCAAUUUCGUUACCUCUUCCCUCAAUCCAUAAGUCAAAAAUCCAUUAAGCUUUAACCUCAAAAACUCCAUCUUUUGAUUGAAAAAAUAUCACAAGAACUGAAGAUGGGCUCUGAAGGACCAAAAGCUAUUACGAUUCAUGUGACUGGGUUCAAGAGGUUUCUUGGUGUUUCCGAAAACCCUACUGAGAAAAUCGCUAAUAAUCUGAAAUCGUAUGUGGAGAAACGAGGGUUGCCUUCUGGGUUGAGUCUUGGUAGCUGCGCUGUUCUUGAGACUGCUGGGGAAGGCGCAAAGUCUCACCUUUAUCAGGUUUUGGAGUCUAGUGUUACUGCCUCUGAGGAUAAGAACAACGAUGGAACUGUUGUUUGGCUUCAUCUUGGAGUGAAUAGCGGAGCUGAAAAAUUCGCAAUUGAAAGACAAGCAGUCAACGAAGCUCAUUUCCGUUGCCCUGAUCAAUUAGGCUGGCAACCACAGAGGGUUCCUAUAGUUUUUGAAGAUGGAAGCAUUUUAAAGGCAAAAGAGACUACAUGUUCAACAGAGUCGAUUUUGAAUCUACUGAAGAACAAAGGCUUCGAUGUUGUUCAAUCAGACGACGCUGGACGGUUUGUGUGCAACUAUGUCUACUAUCAUUCCCUCAGGUUCGCUGAGCAAAAGGGACACAAGUCACUGUUCGUCCACGUUCCUUUGUUCUCCAAAAUCGAUGAAGAUACUCAGAUGCAGUUCGUGGUCUCUCUCUUGGAGGCAAUUGCAGCUACUUGCUAGUGUUUAUGUAAGUAUAAUGUAUAUCCUUGUACGAAAGCAUUGUGUCCUUUUGGUGGGAGGAGAGGAGUGUGGUGGUGUCAUUUGUAGCUUGUGAUAAAAGAAGAUAAAAAAAAAAGACUAUUGCUUUUGGCUCUGAAAGAGCUUUUAUGUGAUAAAAAUAAUUCUCUUAUUCAAAAAAUUGUCAAAGGUUGGAUUUUUAUUUUAUUUUCUAUCUAUAUUUCUUUGCUUAUA